AUGUCGCAAACCCUCGGCCUCACCCGCCUCUCUUACUCAAGAGUAUGGCACCAGAUCUCGGCCGCGGCGCCGCACGAGACGCUCUCGACGCAGCCGGGCGUGACGCCGCCCUCGCUGGGCCGGCUGGCGUCCCGCAUCGCGACGCUGCUGAUGGGCAAGCACAAGCCGACGUGGGACCCGUCGACGGACUGCGGCGACUACGUGGUGGUGACGGACUGCGCGGCGCUGCACGUGACGGGGCGCAAGAAGUGGCAGAAGACGUACUACCGGCACAACACGCGGCCGGGCUCGCUGCGGCAGGUGACGAUGGACGUGCUGAUGGAGAAGCACGGCGGCGCGGAGGUGCUGCGCAAGGCGGUCAGCGGGAUGCUGCCCAAGAACCGGCUGCGGGACAAGAGGCUGGCGCGGCUCAAGGCGUUCGAGGGCGCGGCGCACCCGUACAAGCAGAACGUGAUCCGGUUCGGGGACGUGCCUGUGGGCCAGACGGGGUGGGAGGAGCAGGUUAAGGCUAUUCGCGAGGCUGACUCGAAGAGGACAUAA